AAUUUCUACUUAAAAUGCUUUUUCCUCAGGUGAUUUCUACUGAGCAAUCUUGCCCUUUCUUGUUUGGCAAGCACUGGUUCCCUCAACUCCCACCCAUUUUGUACAAAGCAAAAUUUAACAUCUCUUUAUGGGCAGAGCAAAAAAAUAUUUAUCCAGGCAUUUAUUAACCAGGGAAGUCUUACAUGCUCAGAUUUGUCUUCUUUUGUAAUACACGCUUCAAUCUAUAACCAAACUUCCACCCAAGUAGUCCUCUGAUAGUGGAGGUGCAAAUGGUGUCCUGAUUACUGACAAGCAGAUACAGCUGUCUCCAUAUACAUUGAGAAGUGAUGCUUAAUGAUAUUUCUACCCUGUGGACCACUGAAGACUAUUUUUCCAAGAUACCAAGUAAUGUGAGAAAACCCCACCUUAAACCCACUGUCCAUAGACUUAAAUUCAGCAUUCAGGUUUCCAGAUCUUGAUAUUGUCCACAAAAUGUUGAAAUCUUCUGAUGAAUUUGAAGAAUAGUGAAGGAGAGUAAUUAGCCACCACAGGCUAUCACCGUGACAAACUGAAGAAGCAUGAGUAAUUUUUGACAAUGGUGAGACCAGGAACCUGCUGUUAUCUAAAUGUGGCCUCUUUGCAAUGUUUCCAUCUUGCAGAGAAGUUGUUACUUUCAACCACUUCCUGGAAGAAGCAGCAGAAAAAGAAGUGCGGGGGAAAGCCAGGCUCCAGCACUUCAUUGAAAAUUUGUUGCAGCGUGUGGAUCUGGCAGAAAGGCAGCUAGAAUAUUACCAAAACCAGCAGAUGGUGUGCAACCACACCAAUGUCAGCGAGAAUGUGUUUACAGACAUUUCAUUAAAUAAGAAACCCAGAUGCCUGAGCCGAGGAAGCCAACAUGCUUCAUAUAAUAUCCCUGAUGCAAAGCCACAUUCCUUUCAAAAAGGAAGGAUCUUGUUGAAAAAAACAAAGGACGAAAAAGCCAGCUUGCAGCCAGUGAAAUGCUUCUAUGAAUCUGUUGAUUGCCCAAGAGAAAUAUGGAGAGCACAGAAGAAGGGUGAAUCAGUCUGCUGUGCCAGGAAAGCGAGUGCAAAAUCAAAAAUGGGUAAAAAGGCCAAACCGCUAUAGGAACGGUGAGCAAUAUACAGCAACAUAGGAACUUGGCUUCAACACAGCAAAUAUUGAAUGAAGUUAGUCAUCCUACUUUUUCCUAUCCAUCUGGCCAUGCCAAAACAUAUCAGAUAUAAUAUACAGAAAUAUAUACACAUGGAAGUUUUAUAUUAUUUAGUUGCACCAUUCCCUCUUUGGGCACUAUAAAAAAAGUGACAUUUUAUUCAGUUGAUAUGGAGGUUUUCCUAUUCCUUUAUGUAUUUAUUCAUUUAUUUAGUCACUUACAGAGCUUACUUCAAAUGACUGCAGUUAUCUUGCUGGGCAGUACUGUGUGUUUAAUUGUUUUAGUGGCAACAUGUGGCCUGGUAAUUUAUUUUCCAUUUGUGUUAUUCCUGAAGUUCAGAGGAAUCCGUUUAAUUGGCACAUAAAUACUCAAUCUUUCAGCAUAGGUAGGUGUAAGAUCAGUGUAUAAAAGACCUACUUAGAUGCAAAAGACCUACUCAAAGUUGUAGGAGUUGUUGAAGGCUGUUUACAGCAGUAGAUUGCUGAUUGCUACCCUGAGUUUUUGGCUAUAAGCACAUUUCCAUCUUUUAUUAAAUACAUUAAACUACUUGAUUCUGCCAGCAGCCACAUUGUCUAUUGGUAUAAGUUUGGGCUCCUUUGAGGUGUCCCUUAGCAAGGAGACCAAAAGCUGCCCUGACAAGCACAAGCCAAAUUGGGCCAGAGGAGGAAUGUCAGUGCCAAGUGCCAGCAGCAGGUUAUCUGCAGUGGUACAGCAAGUGACAGGCUAAAGCAGUGUGUUACUGCAUGGCAUUGUGUUCAAUGUCUCUGUUUGGUCUCAGGCAUUAGAGGCCCAAAUAACCAUGAUUAUAACCCAAAUCCUUCACAUUUUUAUCUCUGAAAAUUCUUUAGAGGGCUGAGAGAUUACUGACUUUGAACCCAAGUGCAAGGCGGUUAGAGAUGACUGCAGAGCAGGAAUGUAUAUGUUUACACUGGUUUGUGCCAAUUAAAAGGAUCCUUAUUUAUCAGAGAAUCUAUUUAUCAAGAUGAUUUUUUAAGUGUACAGUUUUUUGGUAACAUGAAUCCUCAUGUCAUGUUUACAGAUACAAACAUCCUGAUGAUGUUACUGAUGAGAUUUGUUUUCUCAAGAAGUAGAAAAGAUAGGUGAGACAGGUCUAUGUGAUUUAUUUUUGAAACACUCAUAACAGAUGUAAAUUGUUUAUGUGGAAGGUGAUUUUUACAGUAUGUGUACAAGGAUUUGUGAAAAAUGUUUUUCGUUUUUUAUAAUUAUGUCUGUAAGCAGAACUGAGUAUUAAAAGACAAUGUAUCACUAUGAUUACUGCUGCAAUUAGCAUCCGAGUUGCAAUAUUUUUAAAGCAGAAGAUGACCAAUCAGUCAGCUAGGAUCAGGUAACUAGAGAUAUAGAACAUUUGUCAGUGUACAGAGCUCCCAGAAAGUAGCAGAGAGAAGAGUGAGUAUUAUUCCUCACUUUUAUUUUAAAUAGUGUGUAUGGAACAAUCAGAUACACUGUUUCAGUAGCAAGUCACAGUGUAAAACCAAUUCAGGUAUUUAGGUUGUAAUGAUAUUUCAAUAUUUAUUUAACUAUGUCACAAGGCCACACUUGGCCUUAUGCUAGGCAUUGUGUGUGGUGAAAAGGAGUUGUUCAUUGUGUUGCAUGGGCUUGGGUCAGAUUGUGAGUUACAACCUUUAUAGGCAAGCUAAAACUGAAGCAUUCUUGAGCUUUUUCUAUUUCUUCCCACAUCCUUCCAUAAAACUGAAAAAAGGAUCUUUUCUGAAGAUAAUAAAGGUGAACAUUAGAAAGAUAAUAAAAUAAAAUAUAUUAAUUUGUUUCUUUAGCCACUUGACACUGGAAGAAUAUUUUUAUUUUUAAAUGCCUAUCUAUUCUGUUAGUCACCAAAGUUAAGUGCAACUACUAGUUCACAAAUGAGAUGUUUAUUUUAUCAUUUAUCAUGCCAACAUCUUGACUGUAAGUUGUCCUUUUUGGGGGGAGGAAGAGGAAAAGAGUAAGAGAAGUUCCAUGUUUUUAAACUUUUCAAAGCUUAAUUUACCCUUACUUGCUAAACAAAUGCCAGUUUAGUAAUUAGAAAGAAAUUGGAUUGUACUGUAAUCCCAGGUAAAAGCUUUUAGAAUAUAAACAUUCUAAUAAUAAAUAUAUAUUUCUCA